AUGCUAUCUUCUCAUCCUGCAGAGACCUUAGAUAUGAAUUUGAUUAUGAAGGAUUACAAGAAGAAGCGCAUCACCAAGGCUGAUCUCUGCAGCUGGGCAAAGGAUUUUUACAUGGACGGCAAGCCUCAAGGCCCUCAAUACGCCCUCAAGAUCCUUGAAUGGAUGGAUCAAAAGGAGAUGAAGUUUUCUGCCUCCCAGCUUGAACUUUAUAUGGAUGUCCUCUGUAAGAUCAAAGGCGUUGAAGCUGGUACAAACUGCUUCCAGAGAUUGAAGCCAGACUUUGAUCAGAACAACACCCGUGCCAGGAAUAAUUCGCCUGCUUACUGGAUCCUCAUCACUUGGAUGGAAAGAGAGAUGGUUGAAGCUUCUAGGCCUAAGACAAGAUCACCUAUCUUUAUUUGCACUAGAGAGGAGACGGGGUUUGAGUCUGGUAGAGCCUAUUUCGAGAAAGUAGAGCCAGACUUCGAUGAGAACAACACUACUGCCAAGAAUGUGCCUACUAUCAGAGCCACACGGUUCUUUGGGAUUAUAUUUUUGAUGCUUUCAUAUCUCUACUCCAUCUUUGCUUGCUUCUCUUAG